AUGCUCAUCUACUUACGGCAGGAAAAGAGACUAACUAGUGAACUCCUUGCAGCAUCGUCGCCCGAAGAGGUCAGCGCCUUCUACAGCCUGCCGGCCCGCCCCGGACAUGCUAACGAUAGAUGCACAGAAUACCGCACGCACUUCCUCACGCGCCUCUUCGGCGGCAACGCCCAGGCAGCCUGCUACUUCCUAGCAGCGACCAUCUUCUCGAUCGGCCUGCUCCGCGACUUCCUGUACGAGCGGGCGCUCCGCCAGCAGCCGUCGCACCCGCUCCUCGAGACCGACGCGGCGACGUACGCGGGCUACGCGCUGCUGGCGUGCGGCAACAUCCUGGUCAUCUCGUCGACGUGGGCGCUGGGCAUCACGGGCACGUUUCUGGGCGACUACUUUGGCAUCCUGAUGGACGACAUCGUGACGGGCUUCCCGUUCAACGUCACCGACGCACCCAUGUACUAUGGCUCGACGCUCAGCUUCCUGGGCAGCGCGCUCGUCUACGGCAAGCCCGCGGGCGUGCUGAUCACCGGCUGGGUGCUGCUCGUGUACCUCGUCGCGCUGCGCUUCGAGAACCCCUUCACCGCGGGCAUCUACGCCAAGCGAGACCGCGAGCGGGCUGCUGGGAAGGGGAAGGCCAAGGCUACGCCGAAGGGCAAGGGUAAGGGUAAGAAGGUGGAUGGCAAGAAGGAGCUAUAA